AUGUGCCCAAUGAUCCUCAAUCGCCUCUCCGACGGUCCCGCGACGGUCCUCUCUCCCCAGGAACACGCCUUCGCUCAGUCCCCCGCGCAGUCCAUGCUGGACACUCCAUCAACCUUCAACGGCUUCUCUAGUCCUAACACGGUCUUCGCCAAUAACCCUGCGCAAGCUUCCUCAAGCUUCAACUUCACAGCCCCUCCCAAGCCGUCCCGCAAGAGGUCGCGUGAUGAAGCUUCCUUUGAAGAGGCACUGGCACCCAGUGCGCCGGCAGCACCCACGCCGGCACCACCGAAGGUAGAGCCCAUCUAUGGCGAAGGAAUGGUCCUCCUAAACCCGCAGACUGGCCUUGCCCUCUCUGCCGAGAGCCAGACCGGCACAUGGUACGAGCAAGAGUCCGAGGCGCAGCAGGCCACCGCCGCUCCUGUCUCCUCCCGGUCCAACGCGCUGCUAUCUGACGCCGGUGACGCAAGCCGCAAGUCCCAGCGCCUCGACAAAUCCGCCCCAGGCCUGGACGACAUCGCCCUCUCCUCAAUCCACCAACGCCUUAACGACUCCAGCUCCAACGACCAGCACCGCACCCUUAACCUCGGGCCUGCACCUCCCGCCGAACCCCUCGUCGACGAUACAACCCGUCUCCUAGGCAUUGGCUGGCAGCGCGUCAGCACAGAUGACGACAUGGCUUGCGCCGUCCGCGGCUGGACAAAGUACAUCGACAACCAGUACUCGGCCCACUUGCACGACUCGCAGAUCCUCAUCAAGAGCCGCGCUCUGGACGCUUUCCUUGUGGCUGCUACUCCGACCUCUGGACUCUCGCCCGCCUUCUACCUCUUCACCGAAGACCUGACUCAAGGCCAGCUCGUCGCUUCUUCGUGGGAAGCAUGCAUCCAAAAUCUGCGCAGCACGCCCAUGAUUUUCGAGGGCGCUGCCCCUCUCGCCGCUACCGAUCGACCCGACGCCCAACCCACCCCCUUCAACAACAUGGACACUGGCGUGCCACUCCUCCAACAAGCCAUGUCCAACCACUCGCACGCACCGGGACUGAGCGGAGGCGUAGAAAUGGGAAUGGAAAUCGACUCGUGA